UGUUUGUAGUCUAUCUGUGAUAACAAUUGACGGUAUAGUGAAUGUAGUGAAUGGUGUAAUAUAUGGUUGUAUUAUAUGGUAUACUAUAUGAGGUCAACGCUUAUGAGGUCUGAAUGAGACAUAAGAUGGCGAACGAUGGCAACGAAGGAGAAAAUCUCUCUAAAAAUGAUUGUACGGAAGAAAGUAUUGAAUCCCUGAGAAAAGAAGUCGAGAGACUGAAGACCCGACUCGAAGAGGAGCGUAAAAAACUAAACGACGUGACCUUUUCGUCGGCAGCCGAACGACUCGAUAGUGUAAUCAAUUUGAAUGUAAAGCCACGGCGAGUACUGAAAGGACAUCAGGGAAAGGUUCUCUGUUCCGAUUGGUCUUAUGAUAACCGACAUAUCGUGAGCUCAUCACAAGACGGCAAACUCAUCAUUUGGGACGCGUUUACCACUAAUAAAGAACACGCCAUAACUAUGCCAACCACUUGGGUUAUGGCCUGUGCCUACGGACCCACUGGCAAUCUGGUCGCCUGCGGUGGUUUAGACAAUAAGGUCACUGUUUAUCCAUUAAAUAUUGAAGAAGAUGUGGCCACGAAGAAGAAGAAUGUCGGCACUCAUACCUCAUACAUGUCCUGUUGUCUCUUCCCGGGAACCGAUCAACAAAUAUUAACAGGAAGUGGUGACAGCACUUGUGCGCUAUGGGAUGUCGAGUGCGCGUCUCUCAUACAGAGCUUUCACGGCCACAGCGGAGAUGUUAUGGCAAUAGAUCUCUCGCCUUCAGAGACGGGAAACACAUUCGCGUCGACAGGCUGUGAUAGACAAGCAUUAAUAUGGGAUCUCCGUAAUGGUCAGUGCGUCCAAUCAUUUGAAGGCCACGACGCGGACAUCAAUUCCGUUAAAUAUUAUCCAAGCGGUGACGCCAUCGCCACCGCAUCCGAUGACUCCACUUGCCGUUUAUUUGACUUAAGAGCCGACAGAGAAGUUGCCAUUUAUUCAAAACAAAGCAUAAUAUUUGGUGUAAAUUCGGUUGACUUCUCAAUUAGUGGUCGACUCUUAUUUGCCGGUUAUAAUGACUAUACUGUCAAUGUUUGGGAUACUAUGAAGUGCUGCCGACUCUGUAUUCUCUACGGCCACGAGAAUAGAGUCACUUGUCUUAAGGUAUCCCCUGACGGAACAGCUCUGUCCACAUGUAGUUGGGAUUUCAAUUUAAGGGUGUGGGCCUGAUUUGUAGUCAAUAUUAGUUUUUGAAUAUAAAUAAGUUUAGGAUUUGUUUGCGGACUUUCCUCACACUUUGUUGGACUCACUGAAGCAAAUGAAAAGAUCAUUAGUUAAAUAUGAUGUGAUCUUAUGAUCAAAUAAGUGAAGAGUAAAUCAGUGGUUGAAAAGAGUGAGCAAACGUUGAUUUUAUAAUAUUCUAUGCAUUCAUUACUUCAAUUCGUAAAUCACUGGAAGAACAGCUAUUGUUAUCUCUGAUGUCGUUGUGAUCGGAAAAAACUCAGAUCUGUUUGAUUGAGAGGAAUGGGUGUCGAAGAAAAACAAUACGAUUGAGUGAAUACUUUUUUCAAUGAUAAAACGGGACCACAUUAUCAAUUGUAUUAAGAUUUUAAUGUAAACUCUAUUAAAAUAUUAACUUAAAAAAUAUUAAUAAUAAUAAGUUUAAGAAAAAUCACGAGUCA